UCGUUGUUUAUCCUACCUCAAUCGAUAGGAAACACUGCUGCAGUAGAGCAACUCAACCACUGACAUGCUUCGAUAAACUACAACAUUAAAUAGUGAAGAUGCAUUUACUAUUUAGUUAAAUAUUUACAUCAUGCAAGCCGACGUUGCGAUUUAAAGUAUUAACAAAUUAUUGUAAGAUGAAUGCAGUUGUAAUUAAUGGCAGUCGACAGACCGAAUAAGUCAGAAAUUAGUUAUUACUAGUAUUUCUUAAUAUUCCUGUCCUAUUUAACACUAUAAAAUUCAUCUUUAAAACUCUAGUUUAGAUAAUACAUAAUGGUAUUUUUUUAUUUUUUAUAAAAAUAUCUCUAAAUGUUGUAACAAUAGCCUCGUAAUUGUCAGCAGUCAAGGCCUUUACAAUAGCAUACAACAAGCAGCCAUGUCUGAGUCCGGUCACAGCCAGCCUGGGAUGUACGGACAGGGGAGGAGGAGAAGGCGACGGCGAGAGAGAGACACGUGCCCGCCUGGUCAUAACCUCUCCGGGCCGAGCCGUGAUCGAGACCACGUGCCCCGUGAGCGCAGGGAUGGCAGUGAGGAACCUACAGGCCCACUUUUGCAGAAGACCCCCAUUAUUCUAGCCAAACCUCCUGGACAGAGAUACAAACCAAGUGCUCCUGUGAGUGGAGCCCCAGCUUUGGAAAAGCCAAUCAUGCUCAUUAAGACCAGAGAGGAGGGAGGAAAACUGGGAACUGCCCCUGAUGUUGCCCCUUCAGUCUCAGGAGCAGGGACUGUCAAACUGGAGAGGGAAGGCCAGCGCCCCACCCAGCCUGUGUAUCAGAUACAGAACCGAGGCAUUGGCUCAGCUGCGUCCGGUGGAGCUGUCGAUCCUGUGAUUGGUCAGACUAAGCUCCUCCCACCUGAGAUGAUGAAGCACAGCAUAAAGCUAGUAGAUGACCAAAUGAACUGGAGUGACAGUGCUAUGGAGUAUCUGCGAGACCAGACAGAUAUGUUGGUAGUGGGUGUUAUUGGGGUACAAGGCACAGGCAAGUCCACCGUCAUGUCUCUCCUGUCUGCUAACAGCCCUGAGGAGGACCAGAGGGCGUAUGUCUUCAGAGCUCAGACACUAGACAUCAAGGAGAGAGCUGGGAACCAGAGCAGUGGAAUCGAUUUCUACAUCGCUCAGGAGAGAGUCAUCUUUCUUGACACACAGCCAGUUUUGAGCCCCUCUAUUUUGGAUCAUCUCAUCAACAAUGACCGCAAGCUUCCUCAUGAAUACAACCUCCCACAUAUGUAUGUGGAGAUGCAGUCUCUGCAGAUCACUGCCUUCCUCUUCACUGUAUGUCAUGUUGUGAUUGUGAUUCAGGACUGGUUCACUGAUAUCAACUUAUAUAGGUUUCUGCAGACUGCUGAGAUGCUGAAACCCUCAACCCCUUCUGCCAGUCAUGACAGCACUGGCUCCUCAGGGCCUGAUGAUGCCUCAGAGUACUAUCCUCACAUAGUUUUCUUGCAGAACAAAGCAAGAAGGGAGGAGUUCUGUCCACGAAACCUGAAGAAGAUGCAUAUGGCAAUUGACAAGCUCAUGGCCCAUUCCCACCUAAAAUAUAAAGGCACGUUGUCCAUGUUGGAUUGUAACAUAUUCCCGGGGCUGAGUCGAGACUACUUGGAGACAGAAGUCAAUCUAUUCCUCUUACCUUUUAUGGAGAAUGAUGGGGAAGAUGCUUUGACAAGAUCAGGUUCAGGUACCCCCCUUUUCUCUCUACUGCCUGGUUACAGGGGCCAUCCCAGCUUUUCGUCAAUGGUUUCUAAAUUCCGCAGUCAAAUCCUGGCUAUGUCCCGUAGUCAGCUCUCACACACAAUCCUUACUGAGAAAAACUGGUUUCACUACGCAGCUAGAAUUUGGGACAGUGUUAAAAAGUCCUCUGCCCUCUCUGAGUAUAGCCGGCUGCUGUCAUAGUCAUGGUGUCAUGAAAACCUGUAAGUUCAUUGUUUAAGAGGACUGGGCCUCUCUCAGAUUUUAAAACCUCUUUCAGAGGUCAGAAUGGAGGCAGUUCUCAGAGAGAAGACUGGCCCACAGAAAUGCAUAAGCACUGGAAGGGGUUUAACCAACUUCAGAAUAAGGUUUGCUUCUCUGUGAGGUCCGAGUCACAACAGCAAAGUUCUUUGGAAUUUGGGUUGGGUUGUCUGAGUUGUUUGUUCUAUGAAUAUUAGCAAGUGCCUGCAAAGGUCAUACACCAACCAGUCAAGAUUAAACUAGUUCUAAUGGCAAGAGAUUAUGUGCAAAGAUUCAGUGAUGUAAACAUUUGUGUUUAUGCAGUUAAAUGUGAAAAGCCAAUUCUUUUUUAUUUUUAUAUUAUUUUAUUUUUUUUUUACAUUUUGUUUGAGCUGAUGUAAAUAAAACAUUAUUAAAAAAGCAUGA